GGGACGGAGAGAGUACCUCUAAUUUUUCGUUUCAAGAAGCCAAUUUUUUCAAAAGCUCAUUAAUGGAUACAGUUGAGUGUUGCUGUAUAAUCAAAGCUUCAUAAAUUUUUCCACUGCCUUUUUUUCAUAUUCAAGAUAUAACUCAUAACCAACCCAUCACUGGCUUUACUGCAACUACUUAAGUCUCUUUCUCUUGCCAUCAGAACUCAGAGUUACAAAGAACAUCAUGGAUUGGUCCCAAAAGCUACACUUUACAGCUUUUCUAAUUGUUGCAGCAGCAGCAACAUUCAUUCGUGGAAUUCAUGGUUAUGCUAUGGUCUCCGGCACUGUCUUCUGUGACCAAUGCAAAGAUGGCCAAGUUUCUCUCUUUGAUUAUCCUCUAAAUGGAAUAAAUGUAGCAAUGGCUUGUCCAGACAACAAUGGGCAAAUGACAACAUGGGGAGAAGAAACAACAAAUUGGCUAGGAAAUUUUGUAAUGAAGUUAGAUGGCACUCCAGAUUUGAGUGGUUGUGUUGCACAGGUUACAAGUAGUAGUGAGCAAGGGACAAGAGGAUGUGGGACAGGAGGAGGAACAGGAAAGUCACCAAGAUUAAUGUUUAGGAUGUUUGAUAUGGAAAUGUACACAAUUGAUCCUUUGAUUUCUCAACCGGCAGAACCAAUGUCUUUCUGUCCAAAAUCUUCGUACCCACAGCCACAUCCCAACCCUGUUUCCCCAGCUACACCACCAUCAAAACUUCCAGUUCCACCAUUUCCACCUGCUCCCUCAUUGCCUCAUUUACCUCCGUUGCUUCCUUUACCCCCAAUGGCUCCUAUCCCCUAUUUAGAAGCUUCAGCUUGCCCACACCAGAGCUGGAUGAUGCCAGAAUACAGAUGCUACUGGAAAGUAAUAAAUCCAGAUUCAAAAGUAGGCGUUGUAUUUGGUCUACUUGCUGCUAGAAAAUAUGGAAAUGAUAUAACACUAUGGGAAGGAAUGAAAGGCAGAGGAGAACCUUAUAAAACAUUGCUGAGAGAAGGGACAACUGCACUUUUGAAUUCUUAUAACAGUGUACAGUUUCCAUAUCAUCCAUUGGGUGUCAUUCUACAUAUGAAUUUGGCAUUAAUGGGAUCAACUCAACAAGUUCUCCAUACAGCUUUGGCUUUCUUGAGGGCUAAUUCUGGCAAUGGCAGAUUCACUUGCAAGUUCAAUCCUUGCAAGUGAUUCUAUUAUUUCAGCUGGGUUAAUUAAUUUCACUUCCUAUUAUACCUUUUUUAACCACGUUUACAUACUCUGUGUUUAGUAACACGUUGUUGGCGUAUACUAUUGCUACAUUUGCUCUGUACAUCAUGUAUUUUGGAAUCAUAUGUUAUUGAUUUCCAAAAUCAUCAUCGAUUGCUUCAAUAUAAAAAAAAUAAAAACUCCUAUGAUAAUAGAUUACGAUGGAACGUUAUUUGAUCCCUA